UUUGAGACAUAAAUAUACUUUUUACCAUUUGCAACCUUAAAAACCUUUAUCUUUCAAGUAAGAAUCUGACAGCAACUAACUUUGUCCAAUACAUCUUCAAACUAUUUCAUAACUUUAUUCUUUAUUCUUAAUAUUAUUUAAAUUAUGGCUCGCUACUUUAAAGAGCAAGACAUCGAUGAGUUCAGGGAAUGCUUCUAUUUAUUCGCCCGUUCCGGCCAGAUCACAUCUCUGGAUGAGCUCACGGUCGUCAUGAGGUCUUUGGGAAUGAGUCCAACAAUACAGGAACUGACGGGUUACUUGAAGGGUAAGGGUGGUAAAAUGUCAUUUGCCGACUUCCUUGAGGUGAUGCACAUACAUUCCAGAGCCGAGAACCUGCCUCAUGAGGUGGUAGAUGCGUUUAGAGCUGGUGAUUCGGAUCGCAGAGGAAUCAUCCCGGCCCGUCAGUUGAGGCACUUACUGCAGAACUGGGGAGAGGGAUUAUCCUCCAGGGAGAUCGACAACAUCUUCCGUGAAGCGAAUGUGACGAACAACGGAACGGUCCGUUACGAAGACUUCGUUAAAAUAGCAUGCGCUCCCGUACCAGACUACUACUGAACAUAUAUACGUGUAUAAUUCGUGAAAUCUCAUAAGAUUUCAUAUUACAUGUACAAGAAAUCUUCAAAGAUUUCAAUGUAUUCUAUAUAUAAGUACAUUAUAUUUUGUUAUUUACUGAUAUCAUAUUGUAUACAUCAGAAAUCUUAAAAGAUUUCGAUCAUUAUAUACGUAUUCAUUACAAUAUAUUUGAUUGUAUAGUUUUAUGUGCUUAUUGAAAUCUGUAAAGAUUUGAAAUUUCAGCGUGGCUAAUAUUAUUUAUCUUAUUCGCUUAUACGUGUAUAUUUAGAGUAUUUUCUGUAUUUAUUUGUUCAAAAUUUAUAUUAUUAAUAAUUUAGUGAAGGUAAUAGUAUAGAUUUAAAUGCGUAAGUUACUUAAAUUUAUUUUGGAUAAAUAAGAUAUUGAGAUUAUAAUAUAUAUAUAUAUAUAUAUAUU